AUGCUUACAAUAGACAUAAAGAGGAAGUGUCCAUAUGGAGAGGAUGGUCGCCACCCUGCUGAACAAUGUAAACAUGGUUUUGAGGCAUAUUUGAGAGACUUAUACGAUAAAGAAUCUCCGCAUUACAAAGAAUGUAAACACUAUUUCAAAAGAUUUACGACUCGGAAUUUAAAGUACGGUGAACAACUUCUUACUGAUGAGAGUGGAGAAUUUUUACUCACCAGUAAACACGACAGGAUACAAGAGGUAUCUACUUACUAUAGUAAAACUUAUGAUGGUGAUAAUUGGGAUAUAAAGAAGCCUCUUCUACUUAGAAUCAAAAACAAUAACAAGUAUCACUGGUAUGAAAACACUGGGGAUCCUUCAAAUACAAAAUGGGAGAAUAUACCGGAUGGAGAAAAACAAUUUUACGAUAGAUAUAAUCUAAAAGGUAAUGCACUUAGAGAGAAACUCAAUAAACUUGCUUGUCAACUCCACGAUCUCCAUUUCGUAGACAUUCACGAGAUAAAACCCUAUGAAUGUGCAUGUAGAAAAUACAAGGACACUGUUUCUGUUGAGAAAGAGGGUAGUGUUCCUGGGUAUACCAAAUACAAACACAGAUACACUAUUAAGCCAGACUCCGUUAGGUAUAACGGUACUCUUCUCAAGUUUAAAUAUGAAGGCAACUAUGGAGAAUUUUCACUUGACAAAAAUACUCCUAAUCUUACAGUACAUUACUGGGAUGAAGAUAAAGAGCGUAAGAUACCUCUACUCAUGGAAGUUGCUGUAGGGUUCUUUGGUAACGGUCUAGUACCUCUUGAAAAUGAUGGGACUGGAAGUAACAAUGAUAAUAGUAACUGGACUAUGAUCCUUGGUGAAGAUGGUGACCCCAAAAUCCUUCCUAACGAUGAACUUGAGGAAAAACUUAGAAAGCUCACCUGUAAACUUUUCAAUCAAGCAGGUAUAAAUGAUCACUAUAAUGAUCUUAGAGAGAAACUAGAGAAACUUAACUGUGAAUGCUUGCAAGAAUGUACCCGUGAUCUAGAACUUAAAGUUGCUAACCAACUACAAGAAACACAAAAACUAUCACGUUCUGAUGAUUCUGAACGUACUGAUGAAGAACGAUUACAAGAAGAGGAAGAGGAGGAAGAAGAUGAAGACGAAGAGAUCAGUGAUACUGAAGACUCAUCUACAGAACGACGUUCCGACGUAACUGAAGUACUAAUACCUGCCGCUCUCAAAGCUCCUCCCCCUGAAGAAAGUGCUACUACUACUCCUGUUAGUAAAGAACUCUUGAAAGCAGUUGGCAAUACGUUGGUAGAGCUUGGACUAUACGGACCAGCUAUAGCUAGCGCACUUGUCCCAGUUGGAUUAGGUGUAGCUGAAGGUACUCUUAAACUGGUUAAUGAUCUCGCUAGUGCUGGUGGUAAAGCUGAAGGUACCCCUUCUGAUGGAGCUAAAUCUUCUACUGGGCCUGAUGCUCAUUCUGGAGCUUCUCAAGGUCCUGGUUCUAAAGAUACCCAAGGCUCUGCUGGUCCAUUUGGUGGUUCUAGUUCUUCAGUACUUAUAUCUGGUUCUACUUAUCAAUAUUUAUCUGCUUCUCCUAGACCUAUAGGUGGUCAUAAUCCUCAAUCCCUACCUGGUCAAUUUGGUGGCUCUCAAGGUCUUGAACUCUUGUCUGGACUAGAAGGUUCCGCCAUCACUGUUGAUAGUCGAACUAGCACUCUUUCUCCAGAGCUUAUAGGUGGUCAUACUGCUUCUGGAGAAACCGCUGCUGCUAUAUCCUCAGGCUCUGGUCCUGGAGCUUAUCCUCAUGCUCCUCUAGGCCUUUCUCCAGCCCCUUCUGACUCUUUUUGGACUAUUGAAAAGAUUAUCCCUACUGUCUCUUCUGUUCUUGGUACUUCUGCCUUGGCUUGUUUUGCAGGAUGGAAACUGUAUAACCGCUAUAAGGGAGAUCCUUGGAGUUCACAACGAGAAUCAGCGACACCCGAGACUCUAGAUGAUAUCAAUUCUUUGAUAGAUGCGGUUGUUCAUUCCAAAGACUCUGGAGUGAACCGGACAAAACCUGUCAAUGAUUCCGUAAAAAAAAGUAUAACAGUACCUCCUACGGUACUUCAAAGGGAUGAAACACCAGAGAGAGAGAAGAUUAAGAUUUUACCAAAAUAUAUCCGCUUUAUGCAAAAUAGGGAAAGCGUCAAUGGAAUACUCAUUAAUAACACAACAAAAAUACACUACAACCCAUUUGUGGAAGAUUUCAAGUUCAUUCAGUCUUUUAAUGAAAAGUCCACCGAACUCAGCCUAGAACUUAAUGAGUUCCUUAUGCUCAUGGACAUUUUCGAAAAGGCUGCAGCAAAAUGUAAUUCUAAUCAGAUUUCUUACGAUUUAGCGCUUAAUGUUGCUCGCGAAAAUAGUAUUCCAGUGCAGGCUCCUAUUCUUAGGGAGGUUCACCGGCACUGGGUCAAUAGAAGAUCAGAAUAUGGUCGUCCUCUGGUGCGCCAUUUGUGGCCUCAGACGAACCCUAGUGAUACGUCACCACUAGCGCUUUUUAGACCUCGUGCCAAGGAAAAAAUGCUCCUGCGCAAGCCUAGAAAGACAUAUGUUGAGAAUCUGCAAUAUAUGUUUCACCUCAUUGAUGGGUUUAAAAGGGUCCUUAAAAUUCUUGCAAAAAUGCGCCAGAGGGACGAGAAAAAGCUGGUGUUGGCAGAACUUGAAGUUAUCCUCUGGGAUCAGCGGAGGAAUGAGAAUAUAGAUAUCACCUACACGUGCCCAUUUUGGGAAUGUGUCAUGGAUAACAAAAAGCACAAGUCGACCAAGAAGAAGAAAAAUUUUCAAAAGCCCACUGAGGAAAAGCCCACAUUGCCGAGACUAAAGUCCGUGCAGAACGAGACAGUAACUAUCGACUCGGUAGAGCCUCCAAAUACACAAGACUAUAAGAGGAUGAGAAUUUCACGUAGAAUGGGCCGAGGAGGUCGUAUAUGGAUAGAUAGAAAGAUUUUAUAUCACAAGGAACAAAAAUGCAGGGAUAAUGUAUCAACUCUCUCCACAGACUGUGAGACUGAGCUUGUUGUGAAUCCGCAAUUGGAUACAGCCUUUAAUGUUACGAAGUUCAACAAUUUUGACAUUUACAACAAUGAAAUACCUCUAAACCAGUUUGCAUCGUUUGCAAAUCCAUAUGAAUCGGGUCACGUUUACAAUACAAUGGGUUUGAAUGUAUAUAGCAUGCCAGGGUACAUUCAGAGGCAGUUGAAGGUGCUAGAAAUUUUGGACAAUGUAACUGUUAACGAAUCAUUCAAGGGAUCACAAAAGAGUGAUAAUUCGUGA